AUGGGCACACGAGCAGGGGGGACGGGUGCACAGGCAGGGGGGGCGGGGGCACAGGCAGGGGGGGCGGGGGCACAGGCAGGGUGGGCGGGGGCACAGACAGGGGGGGCGGGGGCACAGGCAGGGGGGGCGGGGGCACAGGCAGGGGGGCCGGGGGUGCAAGCGGGGGGGCUUGAGGCGCUGCUGGGAGGGCUGGGAGGCUUGACUGGUGUGCUGGCAGGCUUAGGGGGGCUAGCAGGUGUGGGGAGCGGGGAAAGACGAGUGCUGGGAGGGGCAGCUCGAGAGGGAGCAGGGCGGGUGGUGGGAAGGGGGGCAGCAAGCAGGAGUGCGGGAGGGGCAGAGGGGUCUCACCCUGGUGGGCCAGUGAGGUGUAGCAGAGUAGGGGGCACGUCUGCAGGGGAGAGGGGAAAGGUUCUCUCAGCUGCUGUUGCUGCUGGAAAGCUGAGCCCGGAGGAAGCAAAGGAGUGGGAGAGAGUGAUGGAGGCGGAUGACGUGGCACAGCGCCACAUGGCGCCGCAAGAGAGGCUGUCAGAAGCAUAUUUGGGCGGGAGGUCAAGGAGGACAAACAGAGAGGCCAAACUGCCCCAGCAGCACUUGGAAUCGCCUCAACCGCAGGCCACAAUUAACAACAAAGCAUCUGAAAAGCAUGGGGCUGCUGCUGCUUGCCAAGAGCAGACUGCACAGCACGACAGAAAUCUCCCAGGCAGCUCUUCUGGAGCAACUCAUGCUGCUCAGACGCCUUCACGCCGUCGUUUGCGGGAGGAGAGUGGCGCUCAGGAUGAGGAAGCUGGUGUGAAUUGUAGCUUCAGGGGCUCCAAGCAUCACAAGUGCAUGGAUAGUGCAUGA